GUCACAGAUCAUUGCCGGCGGCGGUCUCCGUCGUUGAAAUAGCUCAAAGUCGUACGAGGGAAGGGACAAAACAGGCAGCAGCUGGUGGGGGUGGGGAUCAUGGGACAGUCGUCUCUGACUCAACAACGUUGCUCCAAGCAAACCCACCUUAUUAUUCCCAAUAAUAAUUCCCUGAGAAGGAAGCAGCCGAUUUCUCUGAGCAACUUCAUGGCAGACAUUGUUGAAUUCCCAGAGAAACCUUGACACCCCCUGUUCUUCUUCUUCUUCUUCUUCUCGGGUUCUCUACACUCUGCUUUCAGCCUGUGUUCAUGGAAGUUCUCUGAGAAGCAUUGCCGGAGAGUUUCGUGAUGAAACAGUACAAAAUUCCAUGAGAAAAGUAGAGAACAUUCAGAAAGCAGGAUUUUCUGGUUCAAUUAAUGCCCUGUUCUUUGUCUUUGUCUCCCUUCAGGAUUUGUUGUCUUCAGAUAUGGACAAGGAGAGCCCAGAUGCGUGUUCUCCUACUGGAGUUCUCGAGGACUACUUGAGAACUGUAGAAUCAGAUACAAAUUCUUCAAAAGCAACCACCUCAGGCUCUGAAGGUCAACAAAAUUCCAAAGUUUCUUCUCACUUGAGCAGAUUUGUUCGAUUACUGAAAUCGAGAUCGAAGAAACCCUUGUCCACAUUGCAUCCUCUCAGCGCUUUAAAACUUUCAUUCAGAAGCACUAGCAUGAGAGAGUACUUGGGUAUGGCUCUGAGCACAGCCUUCGGGGGCACUGAUUCGCGCGAUGUCAACUCCCCCUGGAAGAACUUCACCCUCUCUGAGCUUCAAACAGCAACCAACAAUUUCAGCAGUGAAAAUGUGGUCGGAAAGGGUGGCUAUGCUGAGGUUUACAAGGGGUGUUUGCAAGACAGGCAGCUUAUCGCCAUUAAGCGGCUAACUCGAGGAACUCCAGAUGAAAGAAUAAAGGACUUUCUAUCAGAGUUUGGGAUUAUGGCUCAUGUCUGCCAUCCUAAUACUGCUAGAUUAAUUGGGUAUGGUGUUGAAGGAGGAAUGCACCUUGUUCUUGAAUUCUCUCCUCACGGGAGCUUAGCUUCUUUGCUUCAUGGUUCAAAGGGGAAAAUAGAAUGGGGUAUCAGAUAUAAGGUUGCACUAGGGACUGCAAAUGGUCUACUCUAUCUUCAUGAGUACUGUCAAAGGAGAAUCAUCCACAGAGACAUCAAGGCUGCAAAUAUUUUGCUUUCAGAGGACUAUGAGCCUCAGAUUUGUGAUUUUGGGCUUGCAAAAUGGCUACCAGAGCAUUGGACACACCAGACUGUAUCCAAAUUUGAAGGCACUUUCGGCUACUUAGCUCCUGAGUACUUAAUGCAUGGUAUCAUCGAUGAGAAAACCGAUGUUUUUGCCUUCGGUGUCGUGUUGUUGGAGCUAAUCACUGGACGCCGAGCUCUGGAUUACUCACAGCAAAGCCUUGUGUUGUGGGCAAAGCCAUUACUAAGGAAGAACAAAAUUAGGGACCUUGUCGACCCUUCCCUUGCUGAAAACUAUGACUCGCAGCAAAUGAAUCUCAUGGUCUUGGCUGCUUCCUUAUGCAUACGACAGUCUUCAAUUCGACGACCUCAAAUGAGUCAGGUUGUGCAGAUUCUAAAAGGAAACACUGGCAGUGUGGAGGGCUUGAAGAAAUUUCGAAAACCAUUCUUCCAAAAGACUGCAUGUGAAAAGCUCUUCGAUGCCGAAGAGGACAAAACAAUUAAAGGUUUAAAUGCCCUCAGUUGGCACAAAAUGAUCGCUUUCGAGUUCUGAAAGUGAGCUACAGACUUGCAGUAUACAUAUGCAUAUGCACUUUAGCCCUCAGCCCAUGGGCAUGUUAUACAUACUGUACAAAAGUGUUGCAACAAAAUUGACCAUCAAAAGAAGGAAAGGAAGGAAGGGGGGUGGACACAAAGAAUGACAAGAAAAUUAUGCUUUCUAACAUGGGAAACAAGGGAAGAAAGGUCCACAAUUCACAGCUCUGUGGUUGGUGUUGGCACCAAGUGAAGAUCUAUAGCACACCUGCAAUACCACAGUAGUCUAUUCCUUUAAAUUUUGGGAUGGUUGUCUAUCCAAAUUGGAAUGAAAACUGGGAAUAGUAUCUAAUUUAUCCAUGUUAUAUACAUACAUACAUGUGUUAAUGUACUGAGGGUUUAAGAAGAGCUGUGAAAGAUCAAUCUUUGUAGAGUGUGCGUGUGUAUUAGAUAACAAGUUAUAUAAUAACAUUAUUCCCUUCAUUUUCAGA